AUGGAGGCGCUGGGAGCAAGGAUGGAGAGCCGUGGGCUUAACUGUGUCAUCUCCAAAGCUCCUAUGCUGAAGUCCCAAACCCCUGUGUUGGGAGGUAUUAUUACACCGUUUACCGCCCUGGCCGGGCACAUAAUCGGUCCCCUACAAGUAGGUACACAAAUGUUUCACGAAUCUCACCCGCUCCGCGCCAGAAGCACAGUUCACACCCGCAGCAAGAGCCAGAAACGAAACAAGCCCAAGCCUGGAGGUUAUGGAAGCCAGGAGCGCACAAAACCAACGGGGGCGUGGGGGGAGUGGCGGGGGCCCUGUGCCCAGACUUCAUACCCCCACACCCCGCGCGGCCCGGCCCCCUGCGCCCCCCCAAACCCCACCUGGGCCCUCCUGAAUCUGCACCUGGGUCCACGCACCGGCCUCGGCCCCCCGAAUACCCCGCACCCGCGCCCUCGGGCCCCUGUCCCCUCCUCGGAUUCCCCCAGCAUCGCCCCCCGCCCGCCGGAUUCCCCCGCACCCGGCCCCUCGGGGGCACGGGGGGGGCGUGAGGCGGACGGAUUGGGGGGGAAUCCGUGGGGACGUGCGGGGGACGGACCGAGGGGGCCCUGCGGGACCGAGGGGCUGCGGCGGGCGGGGACGGGACCUGCGCCCCCUCCCCGCCGUGGGACCCCGGGCGCUCGGUGCGGCGCGGUGGUGACCAGCCGGAGGCCGGGGACGCGCUGCCCAGGGAGUUCGCAUUCCGACGGUCUGGGUCCUCUGGCCAGUACUGAUGCAGGCAGUGCCGGAGCCCUGACUCCCCAGCAUGUUCGAGCUCAUUCCUCCCCAGCCUCCCUGCAGUUGGGGGCCGUGUCUCCUGGGACACUGGCCCCCACGGGCGUGGUCUCUGGCCCCUCGGCUACACCUGCUGCGCAGCACCUGCGACAGUCUUCUUUUGAGAUCCCUGAUGAUGUACCUCUGCCUGCGGGCUGGGAGAUGGCCAAGACCUCUUCUGGUCAGAGAUACUUCUUAAAUCACAUCGAUCAGACAACAACAUGGCAGGACCCCAGGAAGGCCAUGCUCUCCCAGAUGAGCGUCACGGCAUCCACCAGCCCUCCAGUGCAGCAGAACAUGAUGAACUCGGCCUCAGGUCCUCUGCCUGACGGAUGGGAACAAGCCAUGACUCAGGAUGGAGAAAUCUACUACAUAAACCAUAAGAACAAGACCACCUCUUGGCUAGACCCAAGGCUUGACCCCCGUUUUGCCGUGAACCAGAGGGUUGGGCAGAGUGCCCCGGCGAAGCAGCCCCCGCCCCUCGCCCCGCAGAGCCCGCAGGGGGGCGUCCUGGGCAGCGGUGGCUCCAACCAGCAGAUGCGGCUGCAGCAGCUGCAGAUGGAGAAGGAGAGGCUGCGUCUGAAGCAGCAGGAGCUGCUCCGGCAGGCAAUGCGGAAUAUCAAUCCCAGCUCAGCAAAUUCUCCAAAAUGUCAGGAAUUAGCUCUUCGCAGCCAGUUACCAACACUGGACCAGGAAGGUGGGACUCAGAACCCAGUGCCUUCGCCCGGGAUGUCUCAGGAGCUGAGGACAAUGACGACCACUAGCUCUGAUCCCUUUCUUAACAGUGGCACCUACCACUCCCGGGACGAGAGUACAGACAGCGGGCUGAGCGUGAGCAGCUACAGCGUCCCUCGGACCCCGGACGACUUCUUGAACAGCGUGGAUGAGAUGGACACAGGUGACACUAUCAACCAAAGCACCCUCCCUACGCAGCAGAACCGCUUCCCAGACUACCUGGAAGCCAUUCCUGGGACGAACGUGGACCUUGGAACGCUGGAGGGGGACGGGAUGAGCAUAGAGGGAGAGGAGCUCAUGCCGAGUCUGCAGGAGGCCCUGAGCUCAGACCUCCUCAACGACAUGGAGUCCGUGCUGGCCGCCACCAAGCUCGACAAGGAGAGCUUUCUCACGUGGCUAUAGAGCCCUCAGGUAGACCCACUUCCAAAUCUGUGAAGGAUCUAAGGAGAUGUGCCCGAAAUUUCCAAGCAAGCCAGCCGCCGUUUUCUGGCCGACACAGAGAACGAUGAACAGACGUCCAGCAAGAUCCGCUCACCCACUGUCUCGCUCUUCCUUGUCCGUUGCUGCUGUUAAUAUAUUGCUGACCUCUGUCAUAGUUGGCCCUAAAGAAUCAAAAAAACACUUUUUUUGUUUCUUUUGCUAUUAUAACUACUGUCCAUUGUGGGGGCUGGGGGAAGUGAGCCUUUUGGGAUGGUGGACGCCUUUCCUUUUGCCCAGUUAGACGUUCGCCCAUCACUCUGACCGAGUACUCAGACUUGAAACUCGAACGCUUCGUGUCCCAGCAUUUACUUUGUCAGGCGAUUGUUUCUUCAGCUGCGUUUGGCCAGUGGAAAAACACAACCAGCCCGUCUGCAGGCCAGGACUGUCCAGCGUUACGUCCUUCGCGCAGAUUUGAUGAGCUAGCUGAAUCCAAGGCUGAAGACUGUUUUACUUUCAGUGUUUUUUUCCCCUCCUAGGCUCUCGUUAGUCACGUAGUGACCUUGAUUUUAUUUUAGGAGCUUUUAAGGCAUGAGAGAGUUUCCAUAGAAAUAUAUUAAUUAUUGCCUCAUACUCUAGUAUAGGUUUGGGUGGGUUUAUUGUGGGUUUGUUUCUUGUUUGUUUGUUUCUGUUUUGAUUGGUUGGGUUGUGUUUUUUUGUUUUUGUUUUUGCCCCCCACCGCCAACCUAGACAAAUUACCGUAGUAGCAGACCUGUUUAUAGUUGUAGCUGUUGUAGUGCCUUUGGUAAAGAUCUAUAUUUCCUGAUUUUUUUUUUACCAUCUUAUUUAAAUCUUGAUUUUUCUGCUUUCUCUAUAUAUACCCCCCACUUAUAUUCUUUAUAAUCGUGUGAUAGCAGAAUGUAUCUUUUUUUAAGGUUUCCCUACUUUCCAAUUUAUUUUAAAAUGGUAGUUUUGAAUGUAUGCAUUUAGAAUACAUGACUAGUAGUUUAUAUUUCAGAGGUAGUUUACACCUGGCUGGGGCAGUCUGCAGACAUUUGGGUAGUUAGUAUUCUAGGAAGGGCUGUUUUUACGGAGAGUGUCCAGAGGACUGGCCACCCUCUGGCACACGGUAUUGUCUGAUGAAUUCGAAAGAAGCAAACAAGAUAGGGCUUUAUUUUCCCCUCGGUGAUCCCUGGGACUAAUUUUAAGGCUUGAUGGGAAAUCACUAAGUAGGUUCAUAAUGUACGAAAUGUUACAUAGUGGUUUACCUUCCUUUAGCUUUGGAAAUUUCCCUUUGCCCUAGUUUUGGAAGUAAAUUCUAGUACCUUAGUUCUCAUUUGUAACAAACACAUUACAACUACAUGGAAAUAUUGCCUACAAGAUUGUUCUUACUUAAAAGACUUGCUCUUACUUCUAUAUGCUGAGAACUGACCCUGGAUAGUACGUAGAGUUCUGUUGAGGUCCUGAGUUAGCUGGUAAAGUGACCAGAUUAAUCAAAUGUAUAUCAGUAGUUGAAUUUAGGAAAGAAAUAGAGAUAAUCCUGAGUGUACUUUUAUUUUUACAGGAAGAGCUAUAACUAGAGUAUGUGUCUACAGGAGUAAUGAUGGUUUCCAAAGAGUAUUUUUUAAAGGAACAAAAUGAGCACGAAUCAACUCUUCAGUAUAAGCUACGAAGGUAAUAGUUGGCUGGGAGUUACAGUGGUACCAGCUAGCACCUCUGUGAUUAAGGGUCUUUCAUUGUUUCUAGAAGAAGCCCUUAUUUUCAAGGGUUUAUGAGAGACAUAAAAAUCUUUUUUCCUGGCUAAAACUGCUACGGAAGAUAUGCUUGGGAAGAUAGAUUUUUUUUUUAAUUGCAAAAUCUAAGUAUUCUGACCCUUGAGUUUAGAGGAGAGCAGAAGUCAGGAGUGAGAAGUUGUAGAUUAAGUACUUCCAGUGGUCACCUAUGCAGUCACUGUGCUGUAGGUAAUGAUUAAUUAGGUCGAUCAUUUGUAAUUAUUGACUCAAAGGGUUUUAUUCAGAAAACAACCGAAAGAGUAAAUCUUGACUUAACCUGAGGGGAAGUGGCCACUGUGCAGAUUCACUGAUUUUUUUUAAGAGCAAUAAUGAAAUUAUACCUAGAAUGCGUAAUUGAGUAUAUGGAUGAUCCCGCAUGUUGUUUCUCUUGUGCUGAGGAUCAGAGCUACUCAGAAGGCGCUUGCAGCCGGCCAGUGAGCCGCAAGCGAAGAUCGCAUCCGAAACAUCCGUGGGGGGUAGCAUAGGCGAGGGCACGGCAAGGGCGUGACAAGGACGCGAGGACUCAGUGGGACCUUGGUAGAGGACUUGAUGCGUUUCUUCCCCCCCCCCCCGUAAAGACUGGUCUUACAUCUCGCGGUUAUUAAAGGCAGUUGUUCCUAAAGAUUCAGUCACUUCACGACAGCCACGAAACAGGAAUAGGAGCUCUGCGUGUUGCUUCGACCUUAGUUCGCCCACUUACACCUCGGUGCUGGGGCACCUGAUGGCCGCUGUGUUUGACCUUGCCGCGCCCUCUGUACUGCUGACCUGGGAGUCCUGAUCACAGCCUCAAUGUGGCCUUUCUUGUUGUGUCCUCAUUCCUAACGUUAAAGUGUUUAAGUGCUUCCUGGUUGUAUCGGGUAGCGUCGGGAUAAGAUUUUAACUGGGUAUUCUUGAAUUGCUUUCACAAUAAACCAAUUUUAUAAUCUUUAAAUUUA